GAAGUAGUGUUCAGCCUGAGCGUCGAUGUGUCUUUAACUGUCAGCGGCGCUUAGAGAAAAGCAGCAAGAAGCUCUUUUUCACUGCAAGGACUUUCUUAUAGUAAUUUAAGAAAGAUUCUUCUGUGCCAUUUCAACUAUUAUAGGCUAGCUCUUCGGGGGAAUAAAAUGGGUAACGUUUUGUAUUUUGCUGAAGUUAAAUCGUCUUUGACGCAGUUAGGUUUCCUUCUUACAACUAAGACCAACCAACGUUACUUCCUAAUGUUACUAACCUAACGAAUAAUACGUCCUAAUGUUCCUGGAGGUAUUUUAGAUAGACGUGACGCGAAGAGGAGAUACCAGUAAAGUCAUAACGUUACUACCGUAUAUUUAUUUAGCAUUGCUUUAAACAGUUGUCAUGAGUUGUCUGAUGCAGUCUUUGCUAUUGUUUUUCCCUAUGUGACAGUAGUUUAUAUGACUGCUGCUGCCUGAUAGUAUAAAUAUGUACAAAAGAGAUGAACAGGCCACUUUGUUGCCAUUUUUUUGUAAGUGUGAUAGUAUGACCUGUCUUCUGAAAGGAGCCAGUGUUGUAUCACCUCAUCAUGGGGAGUCUGUACAUUAUGAGGGUCCCCUGCCCCUGUCCUCGCUGAGGCUCCUGGUUCCACCCCUGCGGGUGAUGACGGCUGUGAUGUGGAAGGUGGUUCAUCUGAGGAACAUCAUGCAUUAUGGGAAUGUGGAGGCGUUUGUGUCCUUGGUAGCUGAAGCCAUCCCUGACAUCUUGACGAACAGACAGAUGACACUGCUCACUCUGGGCUUAAGAGCAAGGAUGACAUUACAGAUUUUAAGUUCUGACCAGUCAGAGGACCUCACAUGUGUUAAAACACGAUUGAAUAGCCUCCUGGCAUCUAGCUCAAAACAGGUUCAUUCAGGUAAUGAAGAUCUUGAAGCCAACUUUGUCAGGCUUGUUCAAAGACUCCUGGAGGACCCAAAAGGGAGAGAGCACUACCUCAAGAAUGUGUUUCCUGUGGAGUAUGGGCCUGACUUUGAUAUGGCUCUGGAGACACUGGUUUGUGAGUUAUUUACCAAACUGGAAGAGUUGCUGCUUAUACCAGACUUUAAGCAGACCGCAGUGUGGAUCAGUGACACACCCUCUGUGCUGGAAGAGUACAUGCAGUGUGUAUCCAAAGCAGAUGACCUCAAAGUACUUCUCAGAAGCAAGUCCCACCGUGGUAAAAUGGUCAAGAUUGAUACCCGUUUGCCCUCUAUCUCAGAGCAGCAGCUCUUCUCAUCAUUAUCUCUCCCUCCUUCACUGCGAGAGGCCAACACCAAAGAUGUAGAAUCUCACACACAAACAUUUGAAAACCCAAGAGAAUCUGAGGGGAUUUCUCCUCAGGACGUAGAAGACAUGGCGAUACAGGAUGUGAGAUGGCCAUCUGAGGAGGAAACAAACAUUCUGGACAGCAGCCUUGCCAAACAAACAGGAGCGAAAUUCAGCAUUCCUGAUGUUGUGGAGGAGUAUGAAGACGGAGGUUCAGACACCUGUCGGGUGCCCUCUACAUCUACUGAGAGUUCUGUAUUGUCCAGCUCUAAGAUUGGCCCUCCACAGCAGAGAGUUGCACACAAAUGCUCUCAGUGUGGAAAGUGCUUCAUUUACCGCUAUAAACUCUUGGAGCAUCAGAGGCUUCACACCGGAGAAAACCCUUUCAAGUGCUCUCAAUGCGGAAAGGCUUUUAGAAGGACCUCUGACAUGUCAACUCACAGGCGGUUACAGUGCGCAAAAGCCGCUUAUAUUUGCAUCAAAUGUGGGAAUAGCUUUCAAUCAAUACAGGACAAAUUAGGACACCGGUGUGGUCAUAGUGUCCAGAAGUUUGACUGUGCUCAUUGCGGAAAAAGCUUUAAGAAAAUGCACUUGCUAAGUAAGCAUGAGCUGUCUCACACCCAGAACCAUAACUUCACAUGCAGACAGUGCGAGAAAGUGUACUCCAGUAUGAGAGAGCUGAAAUCCCACCAGAAGAUCCAUCCUCCUGAGGUGUCCAAUCAAUGCAUGCAGUGCGGGAAGUUUUUCAGCUCUGCUGCCAGUUUGACAGCACACGAGCUGCGCCACAGGCAACGGAGAACACAGAUCUGCGUGCGUUGCGGCAAAGCUUUUAAGAACAAACAUGACCUUAGUCUGCACAUGCGCAGUCACACAGGCGAGAGGCCAUUUCAGUGCACAUACUGUGGAAAACGUUUUUCUGCGUCAGGAAACCUGAACGUACACAUAAGGACCCACACUGGAGAGAAACCGUAUCUGUGCUCUGACUGCGGCAAGGGUUUUGUUUCAGCCGGCGAGUUGCAGAUACAUAGACGCACUCACACAGGGGAAAAACCUUACAAGUGCACUGUAUGUGAGAAGGGAUUCACCAUGGCAAGCAAAUUGACAAUCCAUAUGCGUAUUCACACUGGAGAGCGCCCUUACAUCUGUUCUGAAUGUGGGAAAGGUUUUUCACGUGGUGGCGAAUUGAAAAAACAUACCAUGAACCACACGGGGGUGCGACCCUACGCUUGUCAUUUGUGUGAAAAGGCUUACACAUGCCACAAUCACCUGAGGAGACACUUGAAAACUCACAGUGUAGUGAAAAACCAGACUGUCUAAUUCCAUUGAUUACCAUUGUAAUUUUAUCAAAUUGAUGUUGUAGCAAUGCAACUAACCUGUAUUGAUUGCGAUGUUGACAGCAUGCACUUUGUAAUAAACUCACCCCGUCUUGUAA